UUGGUCCACUGAUGUAAACACACGUCUUCAUUUCUGUCGCCUCGUCCGCUCUGGCGAUUUCGUCAUUUCGGGUCCUUUUUCGCGGACGGAGAGCUGGAUUUCGGCGCAGAGGAGAAGGAUUCGGGGAGUUUUGAGUGGAGUAGAGUAGUGAAAAGCAGGAAUUGACGACUGUACGUUCGGGAAAAGAGGUGAAUAUUUCAAGUUUAUCAACAUGGCGCACCAGACAUUUCCGUCCAACAAGAAUAUCUACAGAUGCCCCCAGUUACACGGGCUUACCACCAGCUGUGUUGCCACGACGAUACUAGUGCAAUUGGACCUUGUGUCUCCAUUCCAGCUCUAUUUCAAUCCACUUCUCAUUAUCAAACACUAUCAGAUUUGGAGACUUGUAACCACUUUCCUAUUCUUUGGGUAUGUAGGUUUCAACUUUCUGUUUAACAUGAUUUUCACAUACCGCUACUGCAGGAUGCUUGAAGAAGGCUCCUUUAGAGGCCGCACAGCCGACUUUGUCAUCAUGAUGCUGUUUGGCGGAGCGUGUAUGUUGUGCUGCUCCAUGUUUUGCUCCCUGCCCUUCCUUGGCCAGGCCUUCACAAUUAUGCUGGUGUAUGUUUGGGCUCGGAGAAACCCCUUUGUCCGGAUGAACUUCUUUGGCCUUCUCAACUUCCAGGCUCCUUACCUUCCAUGGGUGUUAUUGGGAUUCAGCGUACUCUUAGGGAAUUCAAUCCUAGUGGACAUGGUAGGGAUUGCCGUUGGACACAUUUACUACUUCCUGGAGGACGUGUUCCCACAGCGCUCGGGGGGCAUCAGACUCCUCAAGACCCCACGGUUCCU